CGGGCUGUGCAGAGGUCCAAAAUAACUCACUGUCAUCAUCAUCGUGAGGGUAAAAAAAAAAAAAAAUCACUUUUUUUUCUUUUUUCCUGGACGGAACUAAUUAUUUGCAAUUAGAGGAGAUCGGAAGGAAGGAGCGCGCGGCUGCCACAGAAGCGACAGGGCACACUGGACGCUGUGCAUCCCUGGGCCUGUCUGUCCAGAAGACAUGUUCCAAACUGUCCCUGACACGUCGUCUUACGUCAAGGAGGCGCUAUCUGUGGUGAGUGAAGACCAGUCCUUGUUUGAGCCUCCGUACGCUGCUGCUGCCCCUCUCCCCAAAACGGAUAUGACUGCAUCUGGCACACAGGACUACGGCCAGACCCACAAAAUCAACCCCUUACCCCCACAGCAGGAGUGGAUCAACCAACCCGUGAGGGUCAAUGUCAAGAGAGAGUAUGAGCACAUGAACGGAUCCAGCAGGGAGUCUCCUGUGGACUGCAGUGUGGGCAAAUGUAAUAAGCUGGUGGCGGGAAACGAUGCAUCUCAGAUGACCUACGGAAGCUACAUGGAUGAGAAAAAUGCCCCACCCCCCAACAUGACCACCAAUGAGCGGAGAGUUAUCGUACCUGCAGACCCGUCCCUGUGGUCUCAGGACCACGUGCGYCAGUGGCUGGAGUGGGCCAUCAAGGAGUACGGCCUGUUAGAAAUCGACACGUCCAUGUUCCAAAACACAGACGGCAAAGACCUCUGCAAGAUGAACAAAGACGACUUCCUCCGGCUCACCUCCAUGUACAACGCAGACGUGCUUCUGUCUCAUCUCAAUUACCUCAGGGAAAGUAGCUCAUCAUUAUCCUACAAUACACCAUCUCACACAGACCCCUCUCCACGUCUGGCUGCCAAAGAAGACCCUUCAUAUGAUGCUGUACGGCGGACAGGGUGGUCCAGCAACAUGCACAGUGGCAAAGGCUCACCAGUACUAAAUCAGAAUGUGACCAAGUCCACUGAGCAGCCCAGGGCUCAGCCAGAUCCUUACCAGAUUCUGGGGCCUACCAGCAGUCGUCUUGCCAACCCAGGGUCAGGUCAGAUCCAGCUCUGGCAGUUCCUUCUGGAGCUCUUGUCUGACAGUGCCAACGCUGGCUGCAUCACUUGGGAGGGAACCAACGGCGAGUUUAAAAUGACGGAUCCGGAUGAGGUGGCGCGGCGUUGGGGCGAGCGUAAGAGCAAGCCCAACAUGAACUACGACAAGCUUAGCCGUGCACUGCGCUACUACUAUGACAAAAACAUCAUGACCAAGGUUCACGGCAAGCGCUACGCCUACAAGUUCGACUUCCACGGCAUUGCUCAGGCGCUGCAGCCACACCCCACCGAGUCAUCCAUGUACAAGUACCCAUCAGACCUAACCUACGUGCCUUCCUACCACGCCCAUCAGCAGAAGGUCAACUUUGUAUCUCCGCACCCUUCAUCCAUGCCAGUCACCUCCUCCAAUUUCUUUGGACCCACUGCUCAGUACUGGAGUUCGCCCACUGCAAGCAUCUACCCCAACCCUAACGUCCCUCGCCAUCCUAACACUCAUGUGCCAUCCCAUCUGGGGGGUUACUAUUAAAGCAACCCACCCUGACCAUUGACCGGCUUUGAAAAUCCACCAUUUUUACCACAAAUGCUGACCUGCACUCCUAACUUCAGCAAAGACUGAACUGAAACUGAACUGAAAAAGACAAGUUGAGUGGGGGUG